CUUCCUGUUAGGAGAUUCAAAUUCUGGGCAUAUGCUGGUAAAAGCAGUACUUCCUUUGGGUACCUCUCGGGUAAGAUGCAUUUCCUGUUCUCCCUCUUAGUGACUUUGCUUCAAUCUCCUGGUGCUAGAGCUGCUUCCUGGAGAAGUCAGGAAAAUGGAGACCAUGCUUCCUCUAAGACUCACAAUGCAGUUUCUUCUAUAGGGGAAAUUAUUGGAGGCCGGGAGGCAAAACCCCAUUCCCGGCCAUACAUGGCAUAUCUGAAGUACAGCUAUAAAAACGAAGAAGGUACAUGUGGUGCUUUCCUGGUUCGAGAGGACUUUUUGCUGACAGCAGCUCACUGCUGGGGCAGUUUAAUAAACAUCACUCUGGGGGCUCACAACAUCAAGAAGUCGGAAAAGACCCAGCAGCAGAUUCCUGUGCUCAGAGCUAUUCCUCAUAAAGAUUAUGACAACAAGACCCACAACAAUGAUAUCAUGCUGCUACAGCUGAAGAAGAAGGCUAAGCUGACCAGAGCUGUUGGGCUCUUGGCCUUGCCCAGGAGGAAGGACAGGCUGAGACCUCGGAUGCGUUGUAUUGUGGCAGGCUGGGGGAAUACUCGCAAGAAGAUAUCAUCAGACACACUUCAGGAGGUGGAGCUCAAAGUGAGAGAGGAUCAUGAGUGCAAGGACAAAUACCCCAAAUACUACAAUAAUUCUACCGAGAUAUGUGCUGGAGAUCCCAAAGACCAAAAAGCUUCUUUUAGGGGAGACUCUGGAGGUCCUCUCGUGUGUGAUAGAGUGGCCCAGGGCAUUGUCUCCUAUGGACCUAAAUAUGGGAACAACCCUCGGGUCUAUACUCGGAUCUCCAGCUUCUUACCAUGGAUCAGGAGAACAAUGAAAAUUCAUGAGUACUAAGCAUCAGGUGAGGUCCUGCUCCCAAGCAUGAAUCAUUCUCUCUGUUGACGAUGCUGUUCCCAAAAUUACCCCCUGGAUACAGAGGCUAAAACUAAGAACAUUGUGUGGGAAAGAAGAUGGACCGUAUCCUAAUAAACCU